GGAGGGGCUAGUGUAGCUGGUGAUCCAGCAUGAUAGGCUGUGCACACUCCCCUCUGCAUGAAAGAAAAGGCUUGCCAGGUGUGAGCUGUCACACUAACUCACCUAGACUGGGAGCGCCUGCCUGCCUGCUGCGUGCAAUGCUUCAUGCCUGGCACUCAACCACCUCUAUGAGCAAGCACUGAAUUAUUUAUUCUUUUCAUUAUUAUUUAGAUUUUUUUCUUCAAUUUGCUGACUUUUUUUUAAAAUAGAAAACAAUUUUUUGAUUUUUUUUUGUGACAUUCACUUCCUUAAUUUUAAGUGAUUUCCAUACGUCUGUAUAUUCAAUUAUCCCAUUGGAAGGCCAAGGGGAGCGUUCAGGUGAUUUGGAUCCCCGUGUUGGAGGAGACCGGCGGUGACUAGAAGAUGUGGACCUUUCUGGGGGUGGCCACGUUCACCUACGUCUACAAGAAGUGCGAUGAUCUGCUCAGCACCCCCCGCUUGGAGGUCAUGGUGGCCGUGGUGCUGUGCUGCACCGUCGGGCUGGCGCUGGCUUUGUUCCGCUACCGGGGACGGUGGGGGUCCCAGAAACAAGGGGGCCCCGGGAUUAUCUCCAGACUCUUCAACCUGAAUGGUCCCCAAAAUCAGAAGGGGAAACCUGGAAUACAGGGGGACAAGAAGAGCAAAACGAACAACAACAUUAAUGGAUCUGUAGUCACAAAUGGAGCUACUGCAUCUGGGACCAUGACAAGCGAUGAGCCCGAAGUCAUCAUUGUGGGGUCUGGAGUGCUUGGCUCAGCAUUGGCUGCAGUGUUGUCCAGAGAUGGCAGAAGAGUAGCCAUCAUUGAGAGAGACCUGAAGGAACCCGAUCGUAUAGUGGGGGAGCUACUGCAGCCAGGAGGGUAUCAGGCCCUGAAAGACCUUGGCCUUGGUGAUGCAGCGGAAGGUUUGGAUGCCCAUGUCGUACAUGGAUAUGUUGUCCAUGACAUUGAAAGUAAGGCAGCGGUGGAGAUUCCUUACCCAAAGAAUGACAAGGACCAGCAGCAGUGUGGAAGAGCUUUUCACCAUGGCCGCUUCAUCAUGGGGCUUCGCAAGAUGGCCAUGGCUGAGCCAAACACUCGAUAUAUUGAGGGGACAGUUCUGCAGUUAAUCGAAGAAGACAACGCCAUCCUUGGAGUCCAGUAUAGGGACAGAGAAACAGGAGAUGUGAAGGAACUUCGUGCUCCACUUACCGUUGUGGCUGACGGGCUUUUCUCCAAAUUCAGAAAAGAUCUUAUUUCCGGCCAAGUCAAGGUUUCCUCGCACUUUGUAGGAUGUAUUCUAAAGAACUCCCCCCAGUUUAAGCCCCACCAUGCAGAGCUUGUCCUGGCCAAUCCCAGUCCAGUUCUGAUUUAUCAGAUAUCGUCCAGCGAGACUCGAGUCCUGGUUGAUAUCAGAGGAGAAAUGCCCAGAAAUCUGAAAGAGUACAUGCUGGAGAACAUCCUACCACAGAUGCCUGAUCACCUGAAAGAUCCAUUUCUACAUGCUGUGGAAAAUGAUCGACUGAGGGCAAUGCCGGCCAGUUUCCUCCCACCCUCACCAGUCGACAAACAAGGAGUUCUGCUGCUGGGGGAUGCAUACAACAUGAGACACCCGCUAACAGGUGGCGGAAUGACUGUUGUACUGAAUGAUGUGAAAAUUUGGAGGAAUCUCUUACAGGAUCUUCCAGAUCUGAAUGAACACUCACAAAUACUGCAGGCUAAGAAGAGGUUUUAUUGGUCCAGGAAGAAGUCGCACUCAUUCGUGGUGAAUGUUCUGGCCCAGGCUUUGUAUGAGCUGUUUGCUGCUACAGAUGAUUCUUUGUACCAGCUGAGAAGAGCGUGCUUCAAUUACUUCAAGCUGGGAGGAGAAUGUGUGGCCGGCCCCGUAGGUCUUCUCUCUGUACUGUCUCCCAAACCCACAAAGCUCAUCGGACAUUUCUUCGCCGUCGCCUUUUACGCCGUCUACUUCUGCUUCAAGACGGAGCCUUGGCUAACGAAACCCCGUGCCUUUUUCAGAAGUACCGCCAUCCUGUACAGAGCUUGCGCUGUCAUCUUCCCUCUCAUCUACUCAGAAAUGAAACACUCGGUGUAUUGAUUACUGGAAGAGGAAACGUUCCCGUCUCUCCGAGCAUACAAAGAGGGGCCUCGUGAUGUCAAAACAAGACUACUAGGCCCAUCACACUGAUUCCUAAUCUUAAAACAGAAGAAUGAUUGCAAAGCGCAGCGUGACUGCUUGUCCACACAAGCUUCGGAUUAGACAUAAACAGGAUCCAGAAACCCGAGACGUGGUUGCUGCCAGAUGCCAAAUCAAUAUUACAUUUCUGGUAUUUGCAUUGGCAGCAGUCUGGUACAAAAAUGUAUUCUAGAUCUUUUUAUGAAGUAUAUGGAACAGACAAUUACCCAGCAAAAGGGGGGCUGAGAACGGUACCGGCGCCACGGUUGAUUUUACCGUUUCAAUAGAGACAAACUUCUUAUGAACCAAACAGUAUUUGUGGGUCAGUUCCUGGAUCAGAUACUGGCCACAGCAGUCCUGACGUUUUCAUUUGAAAUACAGAACUUGAUUUUCUACCUUUCCUUUAGUUGCAUAAACCGAAAAACGCAGCCUGAGUGGGAUAUGCAACAGGUUACUGAAUGCCAUCAGUUACAUACUCUUCACCAGAGACCCCAAACUUUCUCUUGUAGGCGCCAUUCAGAAAUAACAACUGGUCAACAUGAGUAAGAAAAAA